AUGGUUAAAUUGGGGAAUAAUUUCAGUGACAAAAACAACGCCAAAGCCGUCUCAGAAGAUGGAUUCGACACCAUUCCCCUCAUAACACCCUUAGAUGCCAGUCAACUGCAGUUCCCAGCACUCGACAAGGUAAGAUUUAUUCAAGUGAAUUGAAAGCCUAUUGAUGCAAUAGAUAUGCUGUACCCAUCGUCAAUGUUUUCAAGGAUUCCGUUUUCUUUAUAGUCUGAAGUAAUAUGAAUGUGGUCAAAUAAGGACCCAAUGGAAAUAAAAGUGUCUCAAGAUAACAUCUAUAAACCUAUUCUCCAUUACACACAUGAAGGAAAUAGCCUACAAUUUAUUCCACAUGAUUGCAUACAACACCUUCAUGCAGGCCUAUGAGCUUCAUUGUUUAUACAUCUUGGUAUUUUCCCAUGUGUUUCAGGUUGUGGUAAAGACCAAAACAGACUAUGAUGGGGAACACAAGAAGAGCAGGCUGCGGUCCCCAAAAAUAGCAGAAUUCUCAAUAAGCAUCAUUGAAGGGGUAUCUGAAAGACUCAAAGUAAGACAUGUUCCAUUCUUCUUCUUCACCCAAGCACCUCAACCCCUUGAUUAUUUCAACUGCUGCCAUGGCAAUGGCCUUGUAAUGGUUUUGUCACACUCAGUACACUCAGGCAUCCCAAUUCUGAUAAUUUUUCACUAAUUGGUCUUUUGACCAGUCAGAUCAGCUCUGAAAAAGAGCUGAUGUGAAAAGAUCUGAUGUGAUUGGUCAAAAGACCAAUUAGUAGUGGGGGGGGAAUCCGAAUUGGGCUGCCUGUCUAAACACAACCGUAGAGGUCUUUGAGAAGCAAAUAGUUCGAUUGUUACAGAUCAUCAUCUUAAAAAGCCAUAUCUGCUCUGAUGUGCAAGCUAUAAAGGUGUGGGCCGUCAACAGCAAUGGACAUCCCAUAGCACUUGAUUUAUAUCUCUGUAGUGCUCAAGUGCUCUUCGUGGUAUUUCCCAGUUUAAUAAGGCGUAAUCUGUUAUCAGAUGUAAGACAUGUACAGUGGGGGAAAAAAAGUAUUUAGUCAGCCACCAAUUGUGCAAGUUCUCCCACUUAAAAAGAUGAGAGAGGCCUGUAAUUUUCAUCAUAGGUACACGUCAACUAUGACAGACAAAAUGAGAAAAAAAAUUCCAGAAAAUCACAUUGUAGGAUUUCUAAUGAAUUUAUUUGCAAAUUAAGGUGGAAAAUAAGUAUUUGGUCAUUAACAAAAGUUUCUCAAUAGUUUGUUAUAUACCCUUUGUUGGCAAUGACACAGGUCAAACGUUUUCUGUAAGUCUUCACAAGGUUUUCACACACUGUUGCUGGUAUUUUGGCCCAUUCCUCCAUGCAGAUCUCCUCUAGAGCAGUGAUGUUUUGGGGCUGUCGCUGGGCAACACAGACUUUCAACUCCCUCCAAAGAUUUUCUAUGGGGUUGAGAUCUGGAGACUGGCUAGGCCACUCCAGGACCUUGAAAUGCUUCUUACGAAGCCACUCCUUCGUUUGUUUGGGAUCAUUGUCAUGCUGAAAGACCCAGCCACGUUUCAUCUUCAAUGCCCUUGCUGAUGGAAGGAGGUUUUCACUCAAAAUCUCACGAUACAUGGCCCCAUUCAUUCUUUCCUUUACACGGAUCAGUCGUCCUGGUCCCUUUGUAGAAAAACAGCCCCAAAGCAUGAUGUUUCCACCCCCAGGCUUCACAGUAGGUAUGGUGUUCUUUGGAUGCAACUCAGCAUUCUUUGUCCUCCAAACACGACGAGUUGAGUUUUUACCAAAAAGUUAUAUUUUGGUUUCAUCUGACCAUAUGACAUUCUCCCAAUCCUCUUCUGGAUCAUCCAAAUGCACUCUAGCAAACUUCAGACGGGCCUGGACAUGUACUGGCUUAAGCAGGGGGACACGUCUGGCACUGCAGGAUUUGAGUCCCUGGCGGCGUAGUGUGUUACUGAUGGUAGGCUUUGUUACUUUGGUCCCAGCUCUCUGCAGGUCAUUCACUAGGUCCCCCUGUGUGGUUCUGGGAUUGUUGCUCACUGUUCUUGUGAUCAUUUUGACCCCACGGAGUGAGAUCUUGCGUGGAGCCCCAGAUCGAGGGAGAUUAUCAGUGGUCUUGUAUGUCUUCGAUUUCCUAAUAAUUGCUCCCACAGUUGAUUUCUUCAAACCAAGCUGCUUACCUAUUGCAGAUUCAGUCUUCCCAGCCUGGUGCAGGUCUACAAUUUUGUUUCUGGUGUCCUUUGACAGCUCUUUGGUCUUGGCCAUAGUGGAGUUUGGAGUGUGACUGUUUGAGGUUGUGGACAGGUGUCUUUUUUACUGAUAACAAGUUCAAACAGGUGCCAUUAAUACAGGUAACGCGUGGAGGACAGAGGAGCCUCUUAAAGAAGAAGUUACAGGUCUGUGAGAGCCAGAAAUCUUGCUUGUUUGUAGGUGACCAAAUACUUAUUUUCCACCAUAAUUUGCAAAUAAAUUCAUAAAAAAUCCUACAAUGUGAUUUUCUGGAUUUUUUUUUCUCAAUUUGUCUGUCAUAGUUGACGUGUACCUAUGAUGACAAUUACAGGCCUCUCUCAUCUUCUUAAGUGGGAGAACUUGCACAAUUGGUGGCUGACUAAAUACUUGUUUUCCCCACUGUACUUUGCUGUAGGCAAUAUGCACACUGUAGAUGAGUUCUUCUCUGGCACCAAGUCUGGUUUUGCAUAGCAGCCCAUGAUAUACAUUUUUUAAAUGAUUUUUGCAAGAUGUUUCUAACUCAGAGAAAUGUGACAUCUAUAUCCAGGAAACCAGAAGAACUCUUAUUUAACCUCAAUCAAAUAAAAUUAAUGAUAUAAUUUACUAUGUUUUGUCCCCCGACCAAGACAAGAUCAGGUUCUAUAUUCAUAAAGUGUCUGAGAGUAGGAGAGCUGAUCUAGGACCAGUUUUGCCUUUGAUUAUAAUGAUCCUAGAUCAGCACUGCUACUCGGAGACGCUUAAUGAAUACGGUCCUGGCCUCAUCACUGAGUGAUUUCUCCAACACCUCUCUCCCACUCCCUGCCUCCUCAGUUCCUCAAAGCGCCAGUAGUCAUUGCGUAACACCCUAGCGAUGUCAGUGCAAUGUUCUUGUGCAGACUUUUUUAAAGACGUUAUGUGUCUCACUCUGUUCAGUUUAAUAUCCAAUUCAUAUUCCCUAAUCAACCCCUCAGACAUGUCUUGAUGAGCUCUCGUAGAUCUGAACAAUAGAAUAGGUGCAAUAAGCAAUAUGGUAAUAACUCCACCUAGCCUUCUGGCCCUGUUGUCAUAAAGCGCCACAGAGUAGUAUCUAGGGGCUAGGGACCUUCAGUAACCCAGAGUUGAUGUUUGUGUCUCAUCUUCCCAGGUCACUCUGCUGGUGAUUUGUGCUUUGGCGUUUCUGGUUUGCGUGGUGUUUCUGGUGGUCUAUAAAGUCUACCAGUAUGAGCAGCCCUGUCCAGAGGGCUUCAUGUACACGGUAAGCAACUAAGCAUGCCUCUUUUUUUCUUAAGCAUUCAAUGUACCAAUAAAGACCGACAUCUUUCUAAGAAAUCCGCUAGUCAUGUCAUUGGCAGCAUACAAUUGCACCUGCAAGAUAUAACUUGCUGUGGUAAAUCAAUUAUCUUUUCUCUCUCUAUUAUUGGCAACUUGAUGUUUGGUAAUUUUGGUAAUGACAACCAGACAGGUUUUCACAGGCACUUCCUAGACUCUCCAAGUCUUGCUUCUCUUGUCCACAUUUCUAUAGUUAUUCCCUUUGUUCCUCUGUUAAAUCUCUCUCUCUUUCCCUCUCUUGCAGCAAGGUCGGUGCAUGCCGACGGGGAUGUACGGCUACUACCCCCCUGGCGGGCGCGGGCGUCUCUUCACCAUCAUCAACCAUUACAACAUGGCCAAGCAGACCAUCACCCGGUCCGUGUCCCCAUGGAUGACCAUCAUGUCAGAGGAGAAGGUCACCCAGCAGGAGACCGAGACCCACCAGAAGCUGGCCUAA